AUGCCCGCAAAAUCCUUAUUUGCUACUUCUGUCGUUGUUGCCCUUUUCCUUGGACUAUCUCAAGGAUUAUAGCUAAAGUCUAAAUCAUCUUCGACUAUAAGUUCUAGACUCUAAGCAAAUCUUGGACGUCACAAGGAUAAAAUAAUUGCAUAAACCCAAGUUACUGAAAAUGCAUACGAAUUGGAAGGAUCUGACUACGAUACACUUUACCAGCUUGGAGAAUUAGCCUACAGAGUUAGAUAUGGUGGUGAUUCUCAUGUUUCAACAUAUUCAUCUCCAUAUUAAUACUAUGGCUAUUACUCUAGACUUGCUAAAGGAGCUUUCACUCAAAGAAGUAGCUUCUAAAAUUGGAUUCAAGAUGAAACCGACAGAUUGAAAUCUCUUGAGCAAGAAAUGUAUACUGAACUUCUAGCUGAAAAAGAUGAACAAUAAUUACAAAUUAGAGAAGAAUUCCUAAACAACUUCCCUAGUUACGACGAAAAUGCUGAAGAAUGGCAUUUAUCUAGAAAUGAUGCUGAAAACAUCUAUUCAUUUGUUGAUACUUUGGCUUCAUACGAUCACUCACUGAAUGCUACUGAAACAAUCUCUGAGAUUCUUGGACAAGUUUCAAAUGCCACUUCAUAAGAUGAAUACAAUUAAGUUUACAACGAAAUUGCUUCAUCAUUGUGGAGAAGAACUGAUGAUAAUCUUAACUAUGAUUAAGCUUUGCUUAGAGAUAGAUAUGAAUCAAAUCACACUUCAAAUGGAACAAAUACUACAUCUUAUGAAGACUGCGCUAACGGUUAGUACUAUUACUUGUCUUACUAUGAUUGGGAUCAAUUCUACAGUCUUACUAAUGAUACUUGGAAAGUUUUAUAGUAUUUCUCUCCAGGGCAAUAUUCAGAUGAGUAUCAAUUUAUCUCUGAAGGAUAAAGUGAGGUUUAAAAACUCUGCAGCUAUGAACAAUUCUAAGAAUUGAUCAAUGAAGGAAAUUAAUCUCUUCAGUAUGUCAGACUAUACUAUCCCUUCUUAUUUGAGGCAUGGAAACCAUCUUAAGAAGAUAAUAAGAAAGUUGAAGACUUAAUAAAAUCAUACUUAAAUGAACUUUUAAGAGUUAAAGGAAAAGAAAUUAAAGAAAAUGCUUACAGUUCAGUCAACUAUACCACAAGUGAAGAAUCCUUUAAUUAGGCACUUUCAUAUCUAUAAACUAGUAUUGAAAGUUCCAUCGCUUAUCUCAAAGGUGAAUAUAACUACAACAACUUGGCAGAGAACAAGAAGACUAAAUCUAAUUCACAAAUCAAGGAGAGACAUUUGGGUAGAGUAAUCAACUUGAUCAAGUCUCCCUACCACUUAUUAAAAUGA